AUGACUAGGACGAUUUGGGUUCGACAUUGGCUCACUAGCAGAGAAAACUUUGGAGCAAGUACUCAAUUGCUAACAGAAAUGCGAGAAGAAGACAUUGAUAGCUACAAAAAUCAUUUGCCUAUGAUGCCGUAUCAGUUUGACGAAUUGUUCUCUAAAGUUGAAAGCGCUGUACAGAAACAAGAUACACACAUGCGAAAUGCUAUCCCAGCAAAAGUGACUUUGAGAUAUCUAGCAACUGGAGAUUCAUUAUAG